AUGGACGCUGUCAACGGAGUGCGGAGGAAAGACACGACCAAGGGCCCACCGCUGCGCAUCCUCAGUCUGGAUGGUGGAGGUGUGCGCGGUUACAGCAUGUUGAUCAUCCUGCAAGAGCUGAUGCACCGCACUUUUGUCGAGAUUGAAGGUCGCGCCCCAAAGCGACAUGAAAUUCCAAAGCCAUGCGACCACUUCGACUUGAUCGCCGGCACGGGUACCGGCGGCCUGAUUGCCAUCAUGCUGGGCCGCUUGCGACUGGAUAUUGAGACAUGCAAAGACGUCUAUGUACGCAUGACCCGACGAGUCUUCGAGACGGACAAGACCAUCGCCGGCAUUCCUUACCGAUCCACCCUCUUCAAAGCCAGCAAACUCGAAGAAGCCAUAAGGGAGUGCGUAAGAGAACACACGAUAUACGACGACGAAGGCAACGACUCCAAGGAUGCCAUCUCUUCGCCGGGCCGUCAGAGUCUACAGGUCGCCCGUCCCGCUCGUUCCGUCAGCGUUGCCAGCAGACACAGCACCAUCGGCAUGACCCCAGUAGACCCUCGCACUUCUGUCGGUGUCUCAAGAUGGGGCGACCCCAACGCCCUACUCUACGACAGUCGGGAGAACAGGACCAAGACUGCCGUGACUGCGGUCUAUCGUGGCACUCCCAAAGGUGGAAAACCCGCUCUGUUGCGCUCGUACGACUCGCGUAAGGAGCCUUCGCCUGAAUACAACUGCUAUAUCUGGCAAGCCGGCAGAGCCACCUCGGCUACCGCUCUUGCCUUCAAACCUAUCCAAAUUGGUCAGAGUACCUUCCUCGAUGAAGGUGCUGGAAAGUACAAUCCGAGUCCCCAGGUCCUUGACGAGGCCGUUUGCAACGAAUGGCCGGGAAGAGACGUAGGUGUCUUCCUCAGCAUUGGAACAGGCAAACGUCCUCCUGGCACAAACAAUCGCCAGCAUGAGUGGUGGGAGGACUUUAUUGGUGGAGGCAUGGGUGACUUCGCCGAAGCCCGCCGCAAACUGAUAGCAAAAAUUGAAGGUUGUGAAGAGACGCAUCAAUAUAUGAUCGAUGAAUACUUGUCAAAACGCCAAGUCAACCGCCAGAACUACUAUCGCCUCAAUGUCGAGGUUGGUGUCGGAGAGUACGGCAUGAAUGAAUGGAACAGACUCGGAGACAUCAGCACAAGCACCCGUAUGUAUCUUGCUCGUCCUGAAGUUCAAGCACAAAACUUCGACGCUGCCGCAAAACUCGCCAAAGUCUUUUUCAGCAAGAUCCGUCAUGAUCGACAUCCAUCCUGGGAUGGUCAGGAAAUCAUCAACACCUCAUUUUCUCGGCAAAACGCCCCUCUCCCUGACAUUCCUCCACCUAGCAAUCCUCUUGCUGUUGAAUUGCCAGCUGACAAUGUUUUCCCACCUCAAUUAUACCAGCAACGCCCGCCAACAUCACAACCGCCAAUGCGUCAGUCAUCCAUUUCCGACAUGAAAUAUACGGUCGUACCUGACGAUCAAUGGCCGCAAUCUGAGACUGUAAGGACGCCAACUAGUGCUACACGUCCUUCGCCCCCACCAGGAGUCUAUCGGCCUUCAAUGGACUCCAUGCACCGUUCCAGCGGUUCGUUGAGUCAACACCGGCCAGGAUCUCAGGACAGCGGGACAGCUGCAUAUGCACCUCCUUUGCCUCCUAAAACACCUCUGCCAUACCCCGAUAAUGUCGCGCCCCUCAGUCCCAGCGUUGGGAGCCCGACUGUUUCGAGCCCCACUUAUGGAAACCCAAUGAGGCACUCCUCACAUAGUGGAGGUUCAUUCAAUGUCGCACCAUUACGACAAGCUCUUCCGCCGUAUCCAGAUACCGAUGGGCCUCCACCUAUAGUCAACAUCGCACGCAAGCCUGAAUAUACUGGAGGACCUCGCUACUAG